AAGGUAAACAAAUGCACGCGUGUGUAUGGUUGUCACACUGCUCGGUGCAAGUUACCAGCUGGUUACUGUCUGUGAGGUCAACGUUGUGUCCGGCAUAUCGUAACAAAGAAGAAGACACAUGGCUGACAGGGUGAAGUGGACAGCUAUUGUACUGACAUGUGCAAACAGACAAUGGGCAGGCACUAUACAGACAGAACUAGAGAUUCGCCAAGCAAAGGGACAGAUUGAUCCAGGUGUGUUGUUACUUACGGUAGAAGACCCUAAGUCGAGUGUUGGUAGUGGCGGUGCCACCAUCAAUGCUAUCCUCACAGUCACAGAGUACCUGUCUGCUCAAAGAGGAUAUUCUAUAAUAAAUCCUGAUGUUCUACGGGAAUCCAAAGUUCUCAUCCUCCACUGUGGUCGUAAUUACCCGUAUGAGCCAUGUGGGAGAGCAUUCAUUACUUUACCUGCCUCACUUACUUCACCUGAGUAUGAUGGCAUGACUUGUCAGCUGGACUUGUUGCUGAAAAACCUGACAGAAAAGCUGGCUAUCAAAUCUCCACCUGGGAUCUGGGUCAGCAGUACUGAUAUGAUACUAUCUAUUCCAGAAAAUGCAGCCAUUCCAUGGGAAAACUCAGAUGUGUGUGUGAUCACUGUUCCCAGUACUCCAAAAUACUGUCGUAACCAUGGCGUCUAUAAAAUCAACACAGAGGGAUAUGUGACUCUAUACUCCUAUUUCUGUAACAUGAUAGUGACUGAUAUACUCCUAUUACUGGAUGCUUGUACAUACAUGGGAGUGGACAGUGGUCAGCCCCCUAUACAGCUGUCUCUGUUCUUUGAUGUCAUGUUACCAAUGACAAGUGAUGUGAAUGAGAAGGAAUUUGUAUCUGGAGGUCGAAGUGGGGUCAAGGGUCAAGCCCUUGUGGCAGGGUCAGACAGUAUGAUGAAGACAAUGAGGUCAGCCAGACAUAUACUGUGGCAGAAUCUACACAACUUCAAAAUAUGGGCAUGUAUGGUGGAGAAAGGAGAGUUCCAUUAUCUUGUAAGCUGUCCUUUAGACCAUGAAGCCAUCUUGCUUGAUUGUCCCUACAAAAAUAACUUCCACAAAUCAGAGAUUACCUGGCAAGGUGUCAACCAUUCACUAGUACAGGACAAGAGUAAAGUAGAAGAUGAUGCCAUCCUCAUCAAUAGCAUCCUCAGUGACAAAGUUGUAGUCUGUUCCAAGUCUAUCAUUACGGACUGUCAGCUAGGAGGACGUAUGGAGAUAGGACGUGGUUGCCUGGCAACGGGACUAUGUGUUGAUGCCCAGCUAAAGACUGACCUGAAGAAGACUGUCAAGAUUGGAGACUACACAGUAGUUCAGUGCUUCAGAAUAUAUCUUAGUACACUAGAAAAAACUGUGAACGUCCUCACUACACAUGGAAAGUUUGAUAGAGUAGAGGCCCCUAUGUACAAGAGCACAACAACGUUCUGUAACAACCCCUGGGUAGUUUUCCUCAACCUGACGGGAAUCGUGAAGGAGGAUCUUUGGGGACCUGAUGUGGACAAUGAUAACCAGAAUGUACUGAGUGCCAGACUGUUCCCAGUGUUCCACUCAUCAGAAGAACUCGGUUUGGAAGAUAUCUCAUGGCUGCACGGGGAGUUAGAGGAUCCAGACCAAUCUAUCAUACGCAGGUGGCGAUCAUCAUGGAGGCUCUCACUCAAUGAAAUCCUAUCCUGUGUCAAUAUGGAGGAGGAGCUCCGCUGGAAAAAGACUUUGUUUUACAAUGUGAGUAAAAUCCACAUUCGGCGUGACCUAUUACAGAGCAGUCAUUAUGGUUUCCGCUCCAUCUACAACAGUGCCCACAUAGAUGGGUUCUCCCAGGAGAUCCUGUUAACACUGGACCAAGUGGCUAAGGAGUGUCAGGGGUCACCAGGUAUUGCAGCCCGUACCUUAGCCAACAUCGCUGAUGUACUAGGGUGUAUGGCCACUACCAAAGGAGGCCUGAGAAGUGGACCUGCUGCCAACAAGUCUUGGGCCAGGGCCUUCCACAAACUGGAGAAAGGUAACCUAACUGGGGGAGUUGAUGCUCUAGCACAGAUCCGUGCCAGCUGGCUGGGACGACCAGAUUUGUUGACCAGGGCAGCCAGGCAUUAUGAAGGAGCAGCUGCCAUCCUCAUUCGGCAGGCAGUUAUGACAGCGAAGGAGAACUUUAAGUUGGGGAUAUGUGAGGCACCAGAUAUUGGAAAAUGGGUAACAGCUGAAUGUCCAGCUAGAAUUGAUGUGGCUGGAGGCUGGUCAGACACACCGCCUAUUACAUACGAACAUGGGGGAGCGGUCACCAUUAUAUCUCUCAAAAUCAAUAAUAAGAAUCCAAUAGGAUCCAAAGUAAGACGGAUACGAGAACCCAAGAUUGUGAUGGUGUUAUGUGGUUACAACCAAGAGGACACCAGUGUCGUGUGUGAGGAGUUAUCUCAUCUGGAAAAUUACUACCAACCUCACAGUCCAGGUGCUUUGCUGAAGGCAGCCAUUGUGUGUACUGACAUUAUAAACCUUGACUCUGACUUGUCCUUGAGGGAACAGUUACUACAGAAUUAUGGCGGUGGUUUUGAAAUCCGAACCUGGUCUAACCUUCCUCAGGGCUCAGGUAUGGGGACUAGCAGUAUCCUGGCAGGGGCUGUCAUGGCUGCUUUACUGAAGGCUUCUGGGAAAUCAUGUGAUAGGAAGGGGCUAAUACAUGCUGUUUUAUACCUGGAGCAGUUGUUAACGACAGGUGGGGGAUGGCAGGACCAAGUGGGAGGGAUCAUGGGAGGUGUCCGUAUCGGACUGUCUGAUGCCAAACUACCCAUCAGUGUAGACUCUAUUGAUCUGAAGCCCUCUGAGGAUGUAAUCAAUGCCAUCAGUGAUCGUAUCAUCCUUAUCUACACCGGCAAGACUCGCCUCGCCAAGAAUGUCCUCCAGGAAGUAGUGAGAAACUGGUAUGCCAGGAACCCACAGAUUGUGGAAACAGAGGAUAGCCUCGUAGAACUGGCUCAGCAGUGUGCUAAUGUAUUUAUUGAUGGCCCAAUUGACUUUGAGAAGUUGGGAGACUGCCUGAACAGGUACUGGGAACUGAAGAAAUUAAUGGCUCCUGGCUGUGAGACGGAGGUGAUUGCCUCCCUUAUGAGUAUUCUUCGACCUCAUGUGUAUGGCAUGUGUAUGGCUGGGGCUGGAGGGGGUGGCUUCAUGUACGCCAUUGCUAAGGACAACAUACAAAGAGAUAUGAUAAAGGAAGUCCUUCGAAAUGCCAAGAUCUUUAAGCAGGAUGAGGGAGCUGAAGGUUCUGUUAUCUAUGAUGCCUGUGUUGAUACCGAAGGACUUCAGGUGACCGUUGAGGAGUAAAAUAACAGUUACCAUGGAUAUUGAGGGAUUUUAGGUGAUUGUUGAGGAGUAAAAUAAUAGUUACCGUGGAUACAGAGGGACUUAAGGUGACUCUUGAGGAGUCAAAUAACAGUUACCAUGGAUAUUGAGGGACUUAAGGAGACUCUUGAGGAGUCGAAUAACAGUUACCAUGGAUACGGAGGGACUGAAGGUGACUGUUGAGGAGUAAAAUAACAGUUACCAUGGAUACUGAGGGACUUAAGGUGACUCUUGAUGAGUCAAAUAACAGUUACCAUGGAUACAGAGUGAUUUAAGGUGAUUGUUGAUUAACAGUAACCAUGGAUACAGAGUGAUUUAAGGUGAUUGUUGAUUAACAGUUACCAUGGAUACUGACUGACUUUGAGUGACUGUUGAGGAAUAAGGUGACAGUUACCAUGGAUACAGAGGGACUGAAGAUUGGUGGCAGGGAGUAAAGAGGUGGUAGACUUUUACCGUUGUGGAUAGUAACCUUUGAUCUGGUUGUGCUACAUCGAGUCGCAAUUAACUGGUUGUUUCAUCACUAAUUUCCACAUACCUGGUUGUACCACUGCAUAGCCAAUAUUUGUUUUGGGGAUAAUAUAUCUGUAUAUCAGUUUUUUAUUGGAAGAAAGAUUGCUGGAUUAUCAAGGUUUAUAUAUAGAAAACAAUCUGGCAAGAGUAACCAUCAAUGUAUAUCAGCUGAGGCUAGAUAAAUCAUCAUCUGAUCAUGUUGUUCAGCUGUGCAUAAAAAUAUGCUCCAGAAAUUCAGUAUUAUUUUGAUGUGAUGAUUAUAGUUUGUUACAGACUGUGUCCUCAGUAACUUAUUCACAAUCACAAUUGGCUGAAAUGUUUCUCAGAAUAGUUUUAUUUGAUGUCAGAAGUGGUUCAGAAUAGUUUUAUUUGAUGUCAGCAGUGGUGACAGACUAUAGUUUCCACCUGUCUCUUGUUCUAUAGGUACGGGGUUCAGGUUUACCACCGAGUGACAUUCCUUUAUCUGUUUUAUAUGUUCUAUGGUGAUAUAUGUUUUUGUUUUAUUUGCAAAGCCUAGAUAAUGAUAAAUAAUGAUUCAACAGCCACUAUUUUUUGUGUUCUAUGGAUUGCCCAGGGCUUGCUCACUCUACCAAAAAUUAGAUAUAGGAUGUUGGAUUUGUUAACCUGGUAAUGAAAAUUGAUAUAUUUAUAUGAAAAUUAGUAUUUAUUACAUUUUUACUGGUGAAAUGUCAAAAAUGAUUCUUCAAUAAAAGUGAUAUUUUCCACUAGUGAAAAAUAUCACUUUUCCUGAUUUGACCAAUCAAAACACUGCUAACAAAUGAUAAUGGGGAAAAUUAAAAGCUCACCCAGUAUUUUUUGCUAAAAAAAUUAAUAUCUAACAGGUUCUUCAGUAAUAACAUACAUUUUAUGUGUGCGGCAAAUAUUUUGAUAUUUUUUACUCAUGCGCAAAAUAUUAGCCCCACUCGUGAAAUUUUUUCUCUAUUACUAAAGACACUGUAACAUAUAUCCUCUAUGUCACCAAUACAUGGGAUUUUAUAUACCUCAUUAUCUUGUACAUAAAAUUUUAAGUUACAAACUUUUGUCUGAAUAAUUUUUAGAGGUUCCCUGAAUGAUACAGUGGAAAAAUAUAUUGUUUUCAAAGUUAUCUGAAAAUUAGUUUUAGGUAGGCUUCCGGUUGCACCCCUACCUCAAAUUGAAAAUAAAUGCAUAAACAUGAAGGGAAAUAUAUUUACCUUCCAGUUAUGUGUUAUAUGUGUAUUUUGAGACAUCCAUUAGGAAAAACAAACUGGAUCCUGACCUCAUGCACCUCCACAUAUAUUCUACUUCAUUAAGGUAUGGGGGUGUAAAAGGUAGUCUUUCUACUGUAUACAGGCAUUGAAGAGCUAUAGCAUUUAUUAUCAAUGUUCUCAAUCAAUAUAAUGUACAAAGAGGGAAAAUAUUUGUUGGACUUUUUAGGGAGAAUGAAAAAUAAUACUAUCUAUUGCUAAAUAUAUACAUGUAGAAUUAUUUAAUAAGUAUGAAGGUCAAAUCUAGUCCGUUUUAUAUUGAGAAAUUAAAGUGGCUGUUAAACUUUAAUGUUACCAUGGCAGCCAGCUGGCCUGGCAAGAUUACAAUAUAAGGAUCUCUCUCCUGGGAAAUCUGACAGUUGUCAUUGUUUUAGUGCUGAUCAAAUUGUUGUUUGGCAUCGCUAGACCUGAUUUCUCGGAGGAAAUGUAAUGUAAUGUUGAGUAGAGUGAGCAUACACACAUGUACAGCAAAAAAGGGAAUGUGGUGGGGUUAAAAUGCAAUAAACUGCAACACGUCUUUGUCUGAAAUACGCAAAUUAGAAUUCAAGUUCUAAAUCUAUAAUCUCUUCGUGACUAUCUGGCACAAAGUGCAUGUGGAUAUGCUGUGGCUAUCUGUUGUCAAGUUUCAUUCUGAAAAAUCAUCAGCUUUACUUUAGUCAUCAUUCAUAAAAGUAGUUUUUGUAAGUUCUGGCGAAAUAAUAGAAAGCCAACUUAACCAAUGGUACAAGCCUGAAAAGUGUUUUAGAGCAUACCCCACUGACAUAUUACAUUUUUAGAUCAUCUGACCCGAGGGGUCAGGAUGACCUAUAGUCAUAGCUCUACAUUGUCGUUGUCCGCCGUGUGCUGUCUGCCGUCAGCCAUAUAAACUUUUCACAUUUCAAACUUUUGAAGUUCAGCCAGUGGGACUGAGCUAUAACUUGCCUGAAAUGCUCCCGAGAUGGUGCUGACCAAGUGGGUCAAUCUGAAAUCCAAGAUGGCUGCCAUCUUGAAAAACACAUUAUAAACUUCUUCCCCAUUUCCACUGGUACCACCGAGCUUGAAAUUGGUAGGAAUGUUAAGAAGGGGAGCCAACAAAGUGUUGUUAUUUUAACUGACAUGGCAGCCAAAGUGUCUAUUUUGUAAAAUGAUUGCAAAAUCAUGGUUUUUCUCAACCACACCAUUUUUAAACUUCUUCUCAAGUUCCAACAGUGGGGGAUUCAGCUUUAAUUUGCCUGAAAUGAUCCUGAGAUGGUCCUGACCAAGUGUCUUUAUUUUUCAGAUUGAUCUGAAAUCAAAUAUGGUCGCCAUCUUGAAAAACACAUUAUAAACUUCUUCUCCUGUUCCACUGGAAUCAUAGAGCUUGAAAUUGGUAGGAAUGCUAAGGAAGGGGAGCAAAACAAAGUGUUGUUAUUUUUCGGCCUCAUAAAAACUUUGACAUGGCAGCCACUGUGUCCAUUUUGUAAAAUGAUUGGAUUUUUCGGUUGAUCCAAAAUCCAAGAUGGCCACCAUGGCUGCCAUCUUGAAAAACACAUUUUAAACUUCUCCAGUUCCACUGGUACCACAGAGCUGAAAAUUGGUAGGAAUGUUUUAAAGGAAGGGAAGCAAACAGCGUUAUGAUCUUUUGGCCUAGUAAAAACCUUUACAUGGCAUUUUGGCCUUGUAAAAACUUUGACAUCACAGCCACGGCAGCCAUUCUAUAAAAUCAUUGUGCAAUAUCAUAGUUUUCCUGAACAACACCUAUUUCAAACUUCUUCUACUGUAACAGUUCCACUGGUGGGAUUCAGAUCUAACUUACCUUAAAUGAUCCUGAAAUAGUCCUGACCAGGUAUUGUGUUUUUGAAGUCAAUCUGAAAUCCAAGAUGGCCAUCAUGGCAGCCAUGAGCAACAGUGUCACUAUACCUGCUACUGAGUAUGUAUACUACAAUAGUAGAAGAGUCAUUAGUCAGAAGACUGUUAAGGCCCUUGGGCCUCUUGUUGUCUGUAACAUGGUCAGGUUCUGUAGGACUAUUAUAUUGUCUUGUGUAUCAAAAUUCUGAACUAUGCAGUAUAAAAUAGAGAUUAAGAUUAAGAUAAAAUGAUUAAGUAUAGAAAAUGAGAUAUUUAUAUAUUUGUUUAUAUUUUAUAUGUUUCUUUGUGAAGAUAUUUGAGUGUGAAUUCCUGUCAUUCAUAUUUACCGAGGGAUUGUGAUACAAUUAAACUAAUCAAAUAAACUCCAUUAUAUGGUU